AUGGUAACCACCGGCCAACCAGAGCCGGAAUCCUUCACAUGGACAUUCCUCCCCGCCGAGAUUCGCACAAUGAUCCUCAAUGUAAUAGCGCGCCAGAAGCAUCCCGGUUGGGCGUCUCUCGCCUCUGUGUGCAGAGAAUGGCAGAGCGUCCUCGAGCCCGCCAACUUUGACAAGCUGAAGCUGCGCGUGUCCUGUCUCGACGACUUUAGCAGCGUGGUUUCGCCGUCGAGGACCAGCAUCAUUCACCACAUCUGCCUCAACAUCGAAUUACCACGAUACGCGUGCGACGACUGCUGCAGACGGCUUUCCAUGUAUGAUAACACGAGUUCCAUCGUCAGCAAUGGAAUAUGGAGGCUUUUCUCCAUCCUCAGUGCUUGGAAGCCGGCGGGUGACCUGGCACUGGAGCUCAAUGUCGUCACGUCGCUGAAUGACUGGAGAGGCGAACCUUGGUGCCACGACCCGCGUCACGGCUGGCUGCACGGUCGACAAAUCAUGGAUCCUCCAAGGUCGGCCAUCCUGCGGCUCUUCCAACCCAUUACUCUGCGCUUCCAGAAACCGCUGCCCCGGGCCGGCCUUCCGGGCUCUCUCAGGAGUUUGACGAUAUUCGAGGACUUCUUUGAGCUCUACAACCGCUUCUCAAGGCGGUUAUCAGACGGGGCCUCGACCGACCUGUUCCCCGAUGGCCUCCGACUCGGCGCGACGUUUGCAUCUCGGAGCCGCAACCUGCGACACCUUUCCAUCUCCUUCAUGAUCAACGCCGAAGAAUUCUUUCGAUACUGUCAGCCGGCGGGCAACUGGCCUCACCUGCAGUCUCUGGCGCUCACAGCAAACUUUCUGGGGCAGGACGAGAGCCUGCGGCCAUGCAUCAACGUACUACUAUGCCGAGCCGGAGUCCUCGCGCAGAGGAUGCCCAAGCUGCACACGUUUGUGCUCUGGAACGGGGCGAGAGGGCACGCUUGUGCUUUUAUUUACCGCGUGGAACAGGACGGACCAUCCAUUACUUGGCGAGGAACUUGGCGACUGCCGUUGAGCGAGGAUCCUUAUGUGAUUCGGGUAUGGAGGCUCGUUGCCUCAGGGCUGCGUUUCCACAAGCUUCGAAUCAAGCAGCAGCGUAUUUUCAGAGACAUUACUUCUCGUGGAGAUGCCGUGUAUCGCUUGAAGCUGCCUUGUCAGGUUGUUGAGCCGGCAUCGCUUUGGCAGAUGCGGAGGGAAGGGUAUAAGCCGUAUUACUGA